AUGGGUUCGCAUCAAAAAGAUAUAGAGAUGAGUCCUGUGAAGCCUGAGGCUAGUCCUAGCGUUGCAGUGGAGCUAUUGAAUGCACCGGUAACUGACGAAGAAGAUGUGAUUAUCGGCAGAUUUCGAAAGAUAAGUUCCGCUAAAUCUAUGGCAGCUACGAAUGGGAAUAUUCAGUACCCUACAGAUAUGCCAUCGAAGUGUGAGGAUAUUGAAGCAGGGAUACAGUUCCGGAUGAAGGAAACUGGUGAAAGAGAUCGCUUGCUUCCAGAGAAUGCUUUGAAUGGUCAAGGCGUUAUUAUGACAAACUCCCCCAACGUCGGUAAGAGCAGUUUUCGUGAUGUGGAAAAGCCAUCUCGGUUUAAGGAUCAACCAUCUGCUACUAGAUUUCAGGUAAGCAAUUAA